AAACAACGGCCUAGUACUACGCCAAAGCGAAGGGUUGAAGAACUCAAGGGGUCAAGUAUUUUGGACACACAGCGGGAGAAAAAGUUUAUUUAUACGAGAACUGGCCGUCCUUUUGCUUGUGAGGAAAUAAAAAGAUUGUGUGCUAUGUGAAAUUCGCUUAAUUUAAGAGAUGUUUAAUGUUCUGAAUCGCGCUGGAUUGCACUCGGUGCUGUAGACAUUCUCAACGGCUUUGAGGGUUGGACAGCCACCGGUUCGGUAUAGCAGGACUCCUAUUAGGACGAGGUGUCUGUUAGUACAAGCAGAUUCAGCAGGGAAUUCCACCUCUCCUCUCACAUACCCCACCAAAUGCUGGGGUGUAGACGCCAGAGCAGCAACCAGGACUAGGGCUAGAUGGGAGCCCAUACUGACAGUGCCAGCCUGAUACUAUGGCUGCUUAUUCCCUGAGCAGUCUGAUUAUGAUGAAUAGCAACAAUCUGAAGAGUGAGAGCAGCCCUCGGACUGGGAGGCCUGUGCUGCCUGUGCCAGACCGCUCCCCUGGGGCCUCCUUCGUCUUCCCCCCCUCUCCAGACCCCGGCAGCCACCUUGAAACCCUGGGGGUGAUCGUGGGAAAGCGUGUCCGCCGGCUCAGCAGCAACGGAGAUGAUGAGGCCCCCAACGGGGAGGUGAAGCGCCAGAAAUUGGAGGUCAACAAGAAAGUGGGUCUGUGCGGGGCCCACAUCUCGAGGCCCCCGCGCAGAACAGUCCCAGCCUCCAAGCACAACCAGCCCGCCCAGGUGCCCCCCCCCAACCCCCCACAGAGCGACUGCCCUCCAAGCCUUCCCAAGGAGCUCCAGAACGGGAAAGGGUGUCACUGCUUGGAGGAGGGAGUAACGGGGAACGGCAGAGUGGAAAAUAACACGGCUGACCCAAAUACGGAACAGGGCAGUCUGCUGGUGAACAAAUCAGCAGGAACUUGGGCGCAAGCUGACAGUUCAGCAGGCAGUUACUCCCCGAGUUCACUGGGGGUUGGGAGCUUCUUGGCAGGCAGCGACAGCAAGCGCCCUGCGGAGUGGGCCCAGACCUGCCUGACAAAGGCAGGAGCGGAGCCAACGGAAACCCAGCCGCAAGCAGCCUCGGCCUGGGCCGGCAGGGAGGGGAGCUGCCCAGAAGUGGGGACCACCAUCCCAGCCAUCAUAGUCACCGACCACGGGAUGGAGGCCCAGGGAGAAGGCUGUGAUCCGGGCAGCGAGCCCCAGCAGAGCCCCAGGUCAUCCCGAGGCUUGAGGAAGCUGUCCUCCUCAUCAGCCUCCUCCACAGGCUUCUCCUCCUCCUGGGAGGAAUCAGAGGAUGACAUCUCCAGCGACCCAGAAAGAGCCGAGGGACUGUCACCUGCCCUCCUCAACACCCAGCAGAAAGCGCACAAGUCAUGGAAGAAGAUCAAGAUCAUGGUCAACUGGUCUCCGUUCGUCAUGUCUUUCAAGAAAAAGUACCCUUGGAUCCAGCUGGCGGGUCAUGCAGGCAGUUUCAAGGCGGGGGCUAACGGGCGGAUCCUGAAGAAGCACUGUGACUGUGAGCAGCGCUGCUUGGACUGGCUGAUGAAAGACGUGCUGCGUCCCUACGUACCGGCCUACCACGGAGACGUGGAGAAGGACGGGGAGAAGUACAACCAGAUGGAUGAUCUGCUCUCUGAGUUCGACCUGCCAUGCGUCAUGGACUGCAAGAUGGGUGUCAGGACGUACCUGGAGGAGGAGCUGACCAAGGCCCGUAAGAAUUCCAGUCUGAGGAAGGACAUGUACCAGAAGAUGGUGGAGGUGGAACCCCUGGCGCCCACACCCGAGGAGCAGGAGCAGCAGGCGGUCACCAAGCCCCGCUACAUGCAGUGGAGAGAGACCAUCAGCUCCACCGCUACACUGGGCUUCCGCAUCGAGGGCAUCAAGAAGGAAGACGGGACGGUAAACAGAGACUUUAAAAAGACCAGGAGCAUGGAGCAAGUGACAGAAGCGUUCAACGACUUUCUCAAAGGAAACCAGAACAUCCUGAACUGUUAUCUGGACCGACUGAAGGACAUCAGGGACACUCUGGAAAGAUCAACCUUCUUCAAGACCCACGAGGUGAUUGGCAGCUCACUGCUGUUCAUCCAUGAUAAGCGGGGGCAGGCCAAGGUGUGGAUGAUAGACUUUGGGAAGACCACCCCUCUGCCUGAAGGACAGGUCCUGAGUCACAGGGCCACCUGGGAGGAGGGCAACCGCGAGGACGGCUACCUCUAUGGCCUGGACCACCUCAUAGACAUUCUCACCCAUAUGGUGGUGACCCCAAAGCCAGAAUCACUCUAA